GGCGCAGGCCGAUUUUCCCCUCGGCUUCCCGCGCUCUUGCGCUCCUGCUCCUUCGAUCGCAGUCGUGGGCGCGCGGCAAACGGCCAGGAGGCGGAAGACCCGGGUGAUCGGCGGGAAAGCAUGCCUCAGACGCCUCCCUUCUCAGCGAUGUUUGACAGCAGUGGCUACAACCGAAACCUCUACCAGUCUGCCGAGGACAGCUGCGGAGGGUUGUGCUACCAUGACAACAACCUGCUCUCCGGGUCCCUGGAGGCCCUCAUCCAGCACCUGGUACCCAAUGUGGACUACUAUCCCGACAGAACGUACAUAUUUACCUUCCUGCUCAGUUCUCGGUUAUUUAUGCAUCCCUAUGAGCUCAUGGCCAAAGUUUGCCACUUAUGCGUAGAGCACCAGAGACUAAGUGAUCCUGAAGGCGAUAAGAACCAGAUAAGAAAAAUCGCACCUAAAAUUCUUCAACUCCUGACAGAGUGGACGGAAACAUUUCCUUAUGAUUUUCGGGAUGAAAGAAUGAUGAGGAACUUAAAAGAUCUGGCUCACCGCAUAGCCAGUGGCGAGGAGACGUACCGGAAGAACGUGCAGCAGAUGAUGCAGUGUCUGAUCCGCAAGUUGGCAGCGCUCAGCCAGUACGAGGAAGUGCUGGCGAAAAUCAGCUCCACAUCCACAGACCGGCUCACGGUCCUCAAGACCAAGCCGCAGUCCAUCCAGAGGGACAUCCUCACCGUCUGCAGCGACCCAUACACGCUGGCCCAGCAGCUGACUCACAUAGAACUGGAGAGGCUCAACUAUAUUGGGCCGGAAGAAUUUGUCCAGGCGUUCGUGCAGAAGGAUCCUUUGGACAACGACAAGAGUUGCUACAGCGAACGGAAGAAAACGCGAAACUUAGAGGCAUAUGUGGAGUGGUUCAAUCGCCUCAGCUACUUGGUUGCUACGGAAAUCUGCAUGCCCGUCAAGAAGAAACAUCGAGCAAGAAUGAUCGAGUAUUUCAUUGAUGUGGCUCGGGAGUGUUUCAACAUCGGCAACUUCAACUCCUUGAUGGCAAUCAUCUCUGGAAUGAAUAUGAGCCCAGUCUCUCGACUAAAAAAAACCUGGGCCAAAGUGAAGACAGCAAAGUUUGACAUUCUUGAGCAUCAGAUGGACCCUUCCAGCAAUUUCUAUAAUUACCGCACAGCUCUUCGAGGAGCAGCACAAAGGUCUUUAACUGCUCAUAGUAGCAGAGAGAAGAUUGUGAUACCAUUCUUCAGCCUCUUAAUCAAAGACAUUUAUUUCCUCAACGAGGGCUGUGCCAACCGCCUUCCUAACGGUCAUGUCAAUUUCGAGAAAUUUUGGGAAUUGGCCAAACAAGUGAGUGAAUUUAUGACAUGGAAACAAGUAGAGUGUCCAUUUGAGAGGGACCGGAAGAUCUUGCAGUAUCUUCUCACAGUACCAGUUUUCAGUGAAGAUGCUCUCUACCUGGCUUCUUAUGAGAGUGAAGGCCCUGAAAACCAUGUAGAGAAAGACAGAUGGAAGUCUUUAAGGUCCAGCCUCCUAGGCAGAGUUUAACAUACUGGAGCCAAUUGCUGCUGCUGUUGCUGCCGCCGCCGACACACACAACACACACCGUGCAGAUCGCUGAGGGGCUGGCCUUUGUUUUCUGAUGUCACAUUCUAUAAAAAAAAAGAAUCAGGAAGACUGCACAGUCCUCCAAGUGCCGCACUCGGCCAAGCAAGCGCGUUCACUGGCGAGCAGAUGGGGAACUGAUCACCCACGGCCGACAGGUCCACGCCGAUUGUGUGCGGAUGCUGUGUUCACAGAAGACACUUGAGGAAGGCUUCUCCCCAAAGAUCCUGGCUCUGCGCAUGAUUCAUCUCCUGGAAUUUCCAUAUGAAUCACAGCUCUGCACCUGGAUCCAGUUCGCUUUUGUCUGUGUUUGUUUUUUUGUUGUUUUUUUUUUUUUUUUUUUUUUUUUUUUGGUUGAACAGUUGCUGCUAAUGGGACUUACUCAGCUAAGUGCUGGCUCUUAGGAAGCCCAUGUGUCUUUGUUAACUUAAAUGAAAAAGGGAGAGGAGGGAGGGGAAAACACCCUCAGUUUAGAUUUCAACCCUUAGCUGGAGCAGCUCUGGCAGAGAGGGACAGACUGGCUGGAUGCUGCCUCCGAACUUUGCCCCCUGUGUUGUGUGCAGUGUAGGAGAUUCCUCUCCCCCCUCCUCCGACAAGGUUUUGAGUUGGCUGCUGGUUAGCAAACUCGUUUGUACCCAUAUAAGUUAUUUAAUAUAAUAAUGAAGCUCAACACUGUGGUAGGAAAAUAGCCACUAGGGAAAAAAAAAACAAAAAAACAGCAGAGUUUGUCGUUGGACUGCUUAGCAAGCGAGGACUUUCUGGUUGAUUUUGCCUGAGCUGUUUACAACGGACCACUACGUUCUACAGAGGCAUUUUUCAGUCUUUUUUGUUGUUGUUGUUGUUAUUUCAUUUUCCAUGUCUGUUUUUUUUUUUUCUUGUAAAUUUAAAUAAUCUGACUUUACGGGUCUUGGAAAAACCCACAGCAUAAUGGCCUAAUUGCAAUUUAAUUUUUUAACUGACUGUUAUUUUUCAUUUCUUGUCAGUCUCCUGGAGACUAAACCUAUAAACAAAGAACACACUGGGAAAGUUAACUCUCACCCCCCACUGCAGGGGGGAACCAAACCAAUGGGAAACACCUCGCUGUUAACUCAAGGACUGAUUGGCUUGUGAAACAGUUGCUCUUGUUACACAUCUAAAUAAGCCUGUGGCUGCUCUGCGAACAGCCAUCCUAUUUAUUUACUCUAGGAGAAACUGUAGAGUAGUAAUCCGUGCUAAUGAAACAACAAAACACCACGUCUAAAACAGAGAUGUAUUUAAAACUUUAGUGGCAUGGUUUCCAGAAACAGAGCAUGUCUGUGUGCUGUGCGCCAUCUCAGCACGCCUCAGAUGUCUCCCAGUUGCCCCUUAAAAGCCAUCAAUACAUUUUACACUCUGCGGUCA